GUAGCAAGUUGCUAUCAACAAGCAACCCUUUUCCGUGGGAACUCAGUUCGUAGGCUGCAAACGAACUGGAAUUGAAUCAUUACUGUUGACCUGAUUCGGUGGUACCGGUACCUGAAAGACAACUUCUCUCCACCACCAUGAUAAACCGCAAACAAGCACCAGGAGGCUUUUGGUGUGCACUUCUUCUCUUCGGGUUGGCAGUCGCGAUUCCAAGGAACGUUGCAGCGAUUGAGACGCCCUUCGGCUUGGAUGGUAGUGUUGAUACAAGGAAGGUUCCAAGCAGACGCCAUUUAGCCAAAGAUAAGAAGGAAUCGACUGUUAUUGGGACAAACCCUUUGGAACAACAAGCCCUGGAGCUCUUCUACGCCGCCACGGGUUUGGCUUUGCCGGUAUGGUUCAGCGAUCAAAAUCACUUGGGUGACAACGCGUAUGACUACUGCUCCUUCCAUGGUAUCCACUGCUCGUCGAAACGUCAGGAGGAGGACGAAACGCAGCCUUUUCUGAUCGAAGGCAUUUCUCUAAAGAAUACAGGGCUAGUAGGAACUCUACCGGAUGAUCUCUUUGAGCAUCUUCCUCUUCUAAAAACAAUCAAUCUUUCAUCGAAUUCGCUCGGAGGACGCAUUCCACAGUCCUUGAUGAAUCUGCGAGAGUUGAAGCAUGUGGACCUUUCCGAGAACAAGUUCACGGGGCCUCUGCCUUUCUUUAGCCCAAAGAAGUCCAAGCUCUCGAAACUAAAGCUGCAAAAGAAUAGGUUCAAAGGCAGUAUUUCCCCCGAAGCACUUUGUCCUCUACAAAAGUUGAAGGUCGUUGACAUUUCUGGCAACCGAGGCCUUCGUGGCUCGCUGCCUGAGUGCAUGAACGACUUGAAUGACUUGGAUACACUCCUUCUUGAUGGUGUCGGGCUGACCGGGACCAUACCCUCAGCGCUGUGCAGCUCUGACCGUCCCAUGAAUGGUCUAGACCCCAACGAAUUUGGUUGCGACGCCAUUGCUUGCAGCAUGGGAAGCUUUGAACCAACGAUCGGGAGGCAGCGGGAUGCCCAAACUCCUUGCCAGCCCUGCCCCUCAAAUCUUGUACUCGGGGCUUUAACGUGCUCCGACGAGCCUACCGGUAGUCCAACGAACAAUCCAACAAGCAAGCCAUCAACGCUACCCACGGCGAUACCCUCACCAACCCCGUCCACUUUGCCUUCAUGGUCGCCGACUCGUCAGACACCCAGUCCUACCAAGCGAGAUACGGCUUCGCCCACCAUGCAUCCGACGACGAGCAAACCCUCAGUCUACCCAACGAUCGUCGCCUCACCACCCCCGUCCACUGUGCCUUCAUGGUCACCGACUUUGCAAACAUCCAGCCCCACCAUUAACCCAACAAUCAAUACUGCGUUGCCGACGGGAGCCCCAUCAAUCGAAUCCUCGGCAAACCCAACAACGAUAGUACCCUCCUCAAUGCCUCUAGUCGAAACGAACACAACACAUGCCCCAUCAACGGACGGCGGCCAAGCUUGGGAUCAAACGAUGGACAUCGAGAUUGUUUUGGUCGGCAUUGCUCGCCUUUUGGAGGACGACGAAGCAAAGUUGAUGGAGCGCAUCAUCAAGGAUUUUCUCGAAGAGCAACAAACUCUGGUAACGAUCCUUCGAGUGGCCUUGACUUACCAGCGCAUUGGACCCCAAUUGGAAGCCAGCCACCUGUCGCUUCUUCAGCGUCGACGCAAUCUUCGCUUUCUGCAGUCCGAGUCUUCUUGGCUUCCGACAGCCCUGACCAUGUCCGCAACGGUACUUCUUGGAAGAUCGGUUUCUUUGGAGCAAGCUGUGCACGAUCUGGCAGCUCUGUGGGACGAGAACAUUGCAGACUUGGACAGACUCGCCAGGGACACAUUCGAUGUUUCUAGCUUAUUCGAUGCUCCAACGAGAUCGGAGAAUGCGUCGACGACCAACGUGGCAGUAACGGAGAGUACUCCCGGAAUCCACCAUGUUGGUACCGAAACACUGGGAGAUUCUCAUGAGCCUAGGUUUACUCUUUUGUUGUUGGCAUUGGCUCUCGCCUCAGUUGCAGUGUUUUCUGUAACAGUGCUACAUGUUGUGCGGUGUCAUCGCAACGGGUUUAAACUACCGGAACGGCGCGAUGCAACCCUGGAAGGUCCCUGCCCACCCAACAGUGGCGACAACAGCAGCAGCACGUCUACCCCUCCCGGGAACACCAACAGAAACGGCACUUCUGAAAACAGCGAUGAACGAGAUGAGGUGAUGGCAGACAUUGACAUUCGUUCUGCCUUCAGCUGUUGGAAGCACUGGGAUAGCUUCAAUGGUGCCGUGUCAGAAGAAUCUGACAGCGGCUGGAACUCUGGGUCUGGAUCUGGGAGCGUUCAAGAUGCGUAUAUACAUGUGGACUCAAGUAGCAUUGCAAAUAGCAGUUUCCGGCGCUCAAAGGGACUGUUGGAUCCCUACAACGCGGAUGAUGUUUGGAGUGUUGCCCCUGACGAACUCCUCUGCCCAUCUGAGGGCGACCGUAGCGAAGCAAGCUCAAAUGUACCGGUAGGAGGUGCAACAGUGCUCAAGCUUCAAAAGAUCAUCAGUGACUCCGUCGACGCACUUGCCGCCCAAGACGAAGCUGGCGGACUCCUCCCUCCAGCAAAUGCCCCUGUGCCAGAAGCAGACGACGAUAUCCAUACCAGUGGUGCUACUUAGGGAAGGUCCUACAACUAGAUAAGAGCAAACAAAUAUACUAAAACAUUUAUCAAAUAUGC